AUGGGGAUCAUUGACUUUAUCAUAGAUAUUAUCCGUCCUGGUAAUGGCGUAGACUAUCCAAAACCAGGGGAUAUGGUCACCGUUCACUAUCACGGCUACCUGUAUGACCCGACUCGGUCGUGGAAUCGCGGACGACGGUUUGACAGCAGCAUCAAGCGCGGCAGACCUUUUACCUUCCAGGUCGGCAUGGGUCAAGUUAUCAAAGGAUGGGACAUCGGAAUUCUGCGAAUGAGCUUGGGCGAGAAAUCUUUGCUCACAUUUGGACCACAUUACGGCUACGGCGAAAACAACGUCGAACUCCUGGCUAUCAACGGGAAGACUCUACAGUCUGAUAGUUCCGAGUAG